AGUUAUUUUGAUAGUAAUAUUCUUUUUGCAAAGAUUUUAAUGUAUUUUAUUUAACAAAAAAUAUUAUCUAAGAAUUUCUCAACCACCAAAAACAGUGAUUUUCUUGAUUAUGGUAUCGUGCAAGUGAAUGGUAUAUGGAGUGUCUCAACUUCGCAUCGCCUUCACCUUCUCGCCGCUCUGGUAUGGUUGGUAAACAGUUGAAUUCCCCUCUGCUCGCUACUGAUUCUGCAGCACAGUUCUUGUGUUGUAAGGCUGAUCUUGCUGGUGCCUCUUCCAGUAUUCCAUCGUCAAAUAUCAGAUUUUUGCCAAGUCUUGCAAAAGCAAAAUGGACCUCAAAUCAUUCUACCAACCAUUGGAUAUUGCGUUCUACGACACAGAUAGAGAAUGUAAUCACAAAUGAUGAAGAUCGGAGUAUGUGGGAAGCAUGUAGACAAGCUCUUUCUGCAUUUAACUUCGACGAUGAAGAAAAGGACAAGAUUCUUGGAAAAGCAUUUGGCCUUGUUCAUUCUCCUUAUUGGGGAGAAGAUCGUGAGAAGGAAGUUCCCAAAUUUGAGUCCGUAAAUGGAACAUUAGAUUAUCUAAGGAGUUUAAAUCUUUCUGAUGAUGAUUUGUCCAAGUUGCUUAAAAAAUUUCCAGAAGUUCUUGGAUGUAAUUUAGAAGAAGAGUUGAAAGCUAAUAUAAAGAUCCUGAAGGAGCAGUGGAGUAUUGAAGGAAAAUCUCUUAGGAACCUUCUCCUUCGAAAUCCGAAAGUUUUGGGUUAUAAUAUUGAUUGUAAGGGAGAUUGUAUGGCACAAUGCACUAGAUGCUGGGUUCGAUUCUAGUUGAUCGGAUGUAAUGUAUGUUUUUGUAUUAUAGUUGCCUGCAGCAUAAUAUCAUUGUUCAUUUAUUCACACUCCCCACCUUAAAUAAAAGACAGAAUUGCAUGUGAAGAAAGGUUCUCACAUUUUGGAUGCCAAGUUGCAAGAAAUAAUUCAUUCUCAAGUUAACGCGGUCGGCUUCGUAAGCAUGCAUAUGGUUUCUAGAUAUUGAUAUGAAUUGCUGAAGUUACUUGGACAAUGGAAUGGAGAUACUCAUAGUAAGGUUUAUAAUUUUACAAAUCAUGUUUUUUUGCCAGAAAGAAAGUUUUAUUACUCAUGUCUCAUGAUAUGUUUUACAGAUAUUAUUUGUUCCUAAGUUGAUACAAAUUACAAUAAGAUCUAUGAAGUGAAUCUCACUUCCCUCAACCCAUUGAUGGUGUCAAACAGGAUUUUUUAUUUUGAUUCCA